GGCCCGCAGCCCGAGCUAGAGUUCGCAUCGAUCCCGAUCUCCUAGCGAUUGCUUCUGUCUGUUGUUUAGGUAUGGCGCCGGCGAGGAAACCGAGAGACGGCUGGAACCGGGAUCGGGACCAGAGUUUCGCUCGUUGCUGAGCGGCACCCAGGGCCUAGUGGGCUAUGGGGGAGUCUGCUUCCUUGGUCACUGAAGACCACGCCGGUGGCCGGAGCUGGUGCUUGCGGCGGGUGGGGAUGAACGGCGAGUGGCUGCUGCUGGAGGACGGACGCGAGGUGACUAUAGGCCGAGGAUUUGGUGUCACAUACCAACUGGUAUCAAAAAUUUGCCCUCUGAUGAUUUCUCGCAACCACUGUGUUUUGAAGCAGAAUCCUGAGGGUCAAUGGACAAUUAUGGACAACAAGAGUCUGAAUGGUGUUUGGUUGAACAGAGAGCGCCUGGAACCAUUAAAGCUUUAUUUCAUCCAUAAGGGAGACCACAUCCAGCUUGGGGUGCCUCUGGAAAAUAAGGAGAAUGCAGAGUAUGAAUAUGAAGUUACUGAAGAAGAAUGGGAGAAAAUUUAUCCCUAUCUGUCCCCAAAGAGUGACCAGAUGAAUGAAAAAGAUAAGGACUUGAGAACUAAAAGGAAAUUUAGUUUAGAUGAAUUGGAGGGUCUUGCAGCUGAAGGCCCCUCAAAUUUGAAAUCCAAAAUAAGUAAAGUGUCAUGUGAACCUGGUCAGCCACUGAAGUCACAUGGGAAAGGUGAACCCUCUGAAUAUUUGGAUCCUAAGUUGACUUCUCUUGAAGCACAUGAGAAGACCCCAGGGGCUAGUAUUUGCCCUGGCCCUCCCAAAGUCAUGGAGCCUCAUCAAAAGAAGCAGAAAGCCUCAAAUCCUUCAGCAUCUCAGAGCAGCUUAGAGCUGUUUAAGGUGACCAUGUCCAGGAUUCUGAAGCUGAAAACGCAGAUGCAGGAAAAACAAGUUGCUGUUCUGAAUGUGAAAAGGCAAACCCAAAAGGGGAGCUCAAAGAAAAUCAUGAAAAUGGAACAGGAACUGCAGGACUUACAGUCCCAGCUGUAUGCAGAGCAGGCUCAGCAGCAGGCAAGAGUAGAGCAACUAGAAAAGACUUUCCAGGAAGAGGAGCAGCAUCUCCAGGGUUUGGAUAAAGAGCAAGGAGAAGAAGAUCUCAAGCAACAGCUGGCCCAGGCUCUGCAGGAGCAUCGAGCUCUAAUGGAAGAGUUAAAUCGCAGUAAGAAGGAUUUUGAAACAAUCAUUCAAGCUAAGAACAAAGAAUUGGAGCAGACCAAGGAAGAAAAGGAGAAGGUGCAAGCACAGAAGGAGGAAGUGCUUAGCCACAUGAAUGACGUGCUAGAGAAUGAGCUCCAGUGUAUUAUUUGUUCAGAAUACUUCGUCGAGGCGGUCACCUUGAACUGUGCCCACAGUUUCUGCUCCUACUGUAUCAAUGAAUGGAUGAAGCGGAAGAUAGAAUGCCCCAUUUGUCGGAAGGACAUUGAGUCCAAAACUCACUCCCUGGUUCUGGACAAUUGCAUUAAUAAGAUGGUGGAUAAUCUGAGCUCAGAAGUGAAAGAACGACGAAUUGUCCUCAUUAGGGAACGAAAAGCAAAGAGAUUGUCCUGAAGACCAGCCUGAAGGACAUUUGAAAGACUUCAAGGCGAUGGGAGCUCGGGAUGUUCCUGAGGAAUGUCUCUGGGUGUGACUCGGGCCACUCUGGAGGUCAUCUGAGAAGCCACGUGGGACAGAGACUGAGUUAGGAAGCCCUGUGUCACCCGCCUCCGUGAUGGCCAGCUCUGCUGCCAUCGUCUUCUGAAGCACUACCAGGACUCACAGCACCAAGUGCUUCAGGGUACUUAACAGACUGCUUCACUACAUGUUGGAUGGGUUAUUUAAGUUCUGUUUUUUGUUUUUGUUUUUUUAAUUUGUUGUUGUUGUUUUUGAUACCUCAGAAGCACUCAGUUGAUGUUCGUUUUGGACAGUUGGGUGUACCUCAUGCCGCCCCUAAAGGCAGCCUGUUUUUGACAGUCUAGUUUCUCUCUUCUUUGUGAAAACAAGAUGUCAUUUCUUGGAAAUAAAAUGUAAAACCUA